AUGUUCUGGGUGAUAGUUGUUGUUUAUGGAAUGGCCAGAUUAGGCAAAAUGGGUGCAAAAUUGCGAGCACUUGUUGUUGUUCUCUCUUAUAUGCAAUCCAAGCUAUGGAAUAUGGUCACCAGGGAGAGGCUUGUGAUUGAUUGCGAAGAUGAAGAUUCUGAAAGCGAUCAUACUUGUCUAUUCGCUGGUAAUGAAUUCCAGUUAAACUUAGUCGAGGAACGUCAGACAGUCAAGAUGCAGGUUUUUUCAAAUGUUUAG